CUCGUCUCUCUGACGUGACUCUCUUGUCCUGGUAACAACAUCUGUUGUCAAGCGUUGCUAAGGAAGUAACUGAGCUACUCUUCAAUUAGCCGCUCUGAAACCAAACAUUUACACCAGAGAGGUGUAUGUCAGUUAGCAAUGAGCGAGCUCCAUCCACCUGACAACAGCUGGUCCCAGACAUGACGAGAGGAUGACCGAGAAUGGACAGGACAGCCCCCUCCAGCAGUCCUGUGAAGCUCCUGCUAAAGGAGAUUCAGUUGUCAAUGACAGCAGGACACUCAAGACCUCCUUAGUGGAUACCAAAUCCUGCAGGGAACACAAUGAUGCCCCUAAAGUCACUGCUAGAAAUGCAGAGGGAGAGAUCAUUCCGUACCAGCCUCGGCCACCUCCACUACCCAGGCUGUCCAGCAAAAGUGUCUCAGUGGACGAGACCGUGAGAACCAGGAGGCUGAGAAACAGCCAGGAGAGCCUGAGUGACCUAGCUGGGACUGGCUCCUCCACAGAGUCCCUUAAAGAGGACCAAACAGCUCCAGGUGGGUUUGGUCUCAGCGAUGCUGCCACCAUCAGGAAUAACCAGGACUCCAAUGUGAGACCCCGCUCCGCUGUUGGGUCAGGAUCCCCAGUCUCUGCGUGCAGUCUCUCCGAGUAUGAAAGGAGGCCCCCCAGCCAGCAGAGCGACCCCACAGACCACCGAGCGAGGCCCACCAAGCUGCGUCUGUCUCCGGUGCAACCCGCGGGGACGCUGCCUGCUCUGGAGCAGGGCUUUGCGUCAGCCACGUUAAGGGCAGCUAAUAGGAUUGACAGGGAUUGUUUGGAUUAUGCCGCGCUGGCCAGGGAGAAACUCGGGGAGAGACUCCACAGGAACCUGAGCGACAGCCGGCUUCUGGAGAACAUGGGGUCGGACAGUGCCUCUGUCAACUCCCUGAGGUCCACCUACAGCGUGCUCAGCCCCAUCAGACCCCAGGAUGUGAGGAACAGGAGCUUUCUGGAGGGCAGCGUGCUGGGAAGCGGCGCCCUGCUCGGGGCCGAGGAGCUGGACCGCCACUUCCCCGACAGGAGAGUGGGCAUCUACGUAGCUACUUGGAACAUGCAGGGAGAGAAGGGACUUCCACCCAACUUAGAUGAUCUCCUCCUUCCAACAGACUCGGAAUUUGCACAAGACUUUUAUAUUAUUGGGGUCCAGGAGGGCUGUCCUGACAGGAGGGAAUGGGAGACCCGUCUUCAGGAGACUCUGGGACCUUACUACGUCAUGCUGUACGCAGCAUCACAUGGUGUUUUAUAUCUCACUGUUUUUGUCAGAAGAGACCUCAUCUGGUUCUGCUCAGAGGUGGAGCAUGCCACAGUCACAACCAGGAUCAUCUCUCAGAUCAAGACCAAAGGGGCUGUGGGAAUCGCCUUUACCUUUUUUGGCACUUCCUUCCUCUUCAUCACAUCCCACUUUACCUCUGGAGAUGCCAAAGUUUACGAGAGAGUACUAGAUUACAACAAGAUCGUCGAGGCUCUAUCUCUACCGAAAGGCCUUCCAGACACCAACCCGUACCGCUCCACACCAUCCGACGUAACCACAAGAUUCGACCAGGUCUUCUGGUUUGGAGAUUUUAACUUCCGGCUGAGUAAAGACCGGGUCGACGUGGAGGCCAUCAUGAAACGCACAGCAGGCGGCGACAUGGGCCCUCUGCUGGAGCACGACCAGCUCUCCAAGGAAAUGAAGGACGGUUCAAUCUUUAAAGGUUUCCAAGAGGCACCGAUACACUUCCUCCCCACAUACAAGUUUGACAUCGGCUGUGAUGUCUACGACACAACUUCUAAACAGAGAACGCCUUCAUACACAGACAGGAUCUUGUUCAGGAGCCGGCAGGCUGACGACAUAAAAGUGUUCAAGUACACAAGCUGCUCCAGCAUCAAGACCUCCGACCAUCGGCCCGUCAUCAGUGUCUUCCAGGUCAAACUCCGGCCAGGCCGAGACAAUAUUCCCCUUGGUGCGGGACAGUUUGACCGAAGCUUGUACUUGGAGGGUAUCAGGAGGAGGAUCACCAGAGAGCUGAAGAGGAGGGAGGCCAUGAAGAGCCAAAGUAGCAGCAGCAGCAUUUGCACCAUCUCCUAAAAACACUUAAAAUAAACUCUCCAGACCAGACUGGACUGAACCAUGCCAGAAACUGGGAUGUAAAACCAGCGGGCAGAAAAGGACCAAAAGGACACCAGAGUUGUCUUAACUACACCGAGCUGGUCGUGGUAACUGAGCAGAGUCCACCCUCUAGUGGGCGUUGUUGGGAACCGUCUGUACUCGAGGGCAGGGACCUCGAGGUCGGACACACAGAGAGAGGUUUUCAGACACAGCAGCAGUCUGGCCUUUAUUUAUUCAGCCCCCUCUUCUCAAACAUGACUGAGACAGGGUGGGAACGGGGGGCUGGCAUCGUGAAGUUAUUUAACCUUAAAGGCUCUGUGUAACUGCAUUCAUUCACUAAUUUUUUUAUAGGUGUUUAAAAAGCACCGUGAACCACAAUGUUAUGUUUUUUUUUUCAGAAUAUAUCAGUGUUCAAAUGCCUUGUCAAUUUGCCAUUGAAUAAUUGCAUUAAGGUGCACUUUUCAAUGUCAUUUCCUUACAUUAUGGCGUCUGCCAUUGGUCAAUUUUAACUUGAAUUUUGUUCUCAGCUGAAUGUUUUGUAGGAGGGAUACGAUAUGACUGAAGAAGGGACAUUAAAUAUAUCAUUUUAAGAUCAUGACAUUUCAAGAACGCUAGUCAGGAGGUUGUUACAUGCUACUGUUGAAUUUCAGGGAGAUCAAAUGUAUUUGACAGCUUAUUUUUAACCGUUUUUGCAGGAACUCACUUAAUAUAAAACUAGAUUAUUUACACUGUUAACGCCUGUCACUACCUUUUCUCUUAUUAGGCCAAGUGAUCCUUUGCAACAGACUGUAACUCAAUGCCUUACCUCUCAUCUUACUGCUGUGUAACCUUAUAUAUAUAUAUAUAUACAACAAACUGUCCAUGUACUGUACUGUAUGUACCACAUUAAUCAACUUGCAUUCCCAGCAUGAAAAGCAGUCUGCUCCAAAAUAAAAGUGCCUGUGGGCCUUGUUUUCAUUUCCCCCAAGACCUCUUAACUUUAUCUGCAUAUUUUUAUAUGUCACAUCCAGUAAUAAAGGUUUUUAAACACA